AGCUGUCGCGGUUCAGAACUGUUUUUUACGGAUUUCUGAGUCGGCCGUAGAGAUGGGCUGCGCCGCAGGCUGUGCCAACUCCAAUGUGCAUGAACCCGAUGAACCUGAGCUCAAGGGGUCCAAGGGGCAUAUAACCAUGGCCCCUAUGGGGCCCAUGGGGCCCAUGGGGCUGAUGGGGCCCAAGGGACCCAAGGGGCCCAAGGGGCCCAGGCCCAAGACUUCCGGGGUUCAGCAGCACAAGAUGCACCACAUCAAGCACAAACAGCAGCGAAAGGCAGACUUAGUCGAGCUGGAAUCUAAGACGUCAAAGAGUAUGAUGGCUGAAGAUCCCCCAUUUCGCAGCAUGUUCGAAGGAGUUGGUGGCCCUGGCCCGGUGCUGUAUCAACCAUACCUGGGUUUUGGCUUUGGCUACAACAGCUUGACCUUUUCCGGCUGAAGGCAGCCGAAGGCAGCUGAAGGUGAACAGUCGGGUAGCCGCAACACCAUGCCGAGUGACCCGACAGUAACCUCGUGACCGGCCAAAAUCGACGGCGCACGACAGCGCGUGACGGCACGCAGAUGCCCCACAUGGGGCAAAAAUUCAACGCACUUGCAUCAUCCUCAUUAACGGUAAGGGUUCUUGAGGAGAGUUUAGUUUGCAAUUUUUGUAGUUUUGUAGCUGGUGUUGCACCGGUUGCACCAGCAUUUGUAACACUUGUAAAGUUUCUGCAGCUUUUGCUUAGACCUUCCUGGUUAGCGACGCAGAACGUGAGAGCUUUGUCUCUGAAAAGGGUGAACUGCUUGAGCUUUGUCAAUAUUGUCAAUUGCAGCUGCUUAGAUGAUGAGAGCUAUGAGCGCUCACGUUGAGUCAGUAGGAGACCCUGUGCAUCCCUGGGUGACCCUUUCGCUUCUGAAACCCUUCUGCAAUACAUUCUUGCAGGAAUUCUAUGCUCACACUGGCUUGACUUUUCAUGCAUCCUUUUCAUUUUACAAAUAUUACAGAGAUUCGUUCUUGGUUUGAGCUCUUGUGCCAAAUGGUGAUGGUGACUUGGAG